AUGGCAUCUGCAUCGCCACUUUCUCCGACGUUCUACGGGCACAUCGCCUCUACGCAGGACGCUCUACUUCUCUUCGAAGCUUGUUUGAGUGGCGCCCUCAAUCACGUCGCUAGGCGUCCCCACGACCGUGAAAGAGUGAGCCUGAUCAAGAGCGGGAAUGUCUUCAUCUAUGAGGAACAUUCUUCUGGCAUAAAGCGGUGGACAGACGGCGUGCCAUGGAGUCCGAGUCGAAUACUGGGCAACUUCCUUGUAUACCGCGAACUGGAACGUCCUUUUCCCCCAGGAGAGAAGAAGAGAGCCAUGAAACGCAGCAAACGGUCUCCAGGAAUUGGAAAACAGGAGCCAUUUGGAACCGCCGCUUCGAGCUUCGAUGCACCAACCUCAAGUUCUCUUAGCAAGGAAACAGAACGAUCGCUGAUCGGAUCUCUCGUCGAUUCCUACGGCUUCAAAGAAGAAGGCCUUGUUAAGAAGACUGUGAGCGUUACAGUCGGGGGUGUUUCACAUCACUUGGUCUCAUAUUACACCGUGGCCGAUGUCAUGAACAACAAGUUCACCACGCCGUCGAAAGACCCAAGAUUUCAGCAUGUAACUCCACGUGCCGAUCUCAUCACCAAGCAGAAUUUUCGCACGCCCAUUGACGAGGUGGACUCGAUGGAUCGGAUCGAUGAC